CGUCAUGCUAUGGAAAGCCAAGUGUUCGACACCGGGGUACAUAUCCAACUCUUUGGGGGAAGGUAAUUCAAUUGGAACACAUGCACCUGGACCCGGCGGUUGUCUCGACCUUCUUCGUGGUGUGAUUUUCUAUUCUAGAAAAAACGACGGGAACCCAGUCUCUUGGGUAAUAAGGCAUGCUGGGCGUCGAAAGCUUGUCUUCUAAAGUUUCCGGUUAAUUAGCAAGUAUGUAGGUCCUGGGUACUCACGCACUUCCGAGCUCGUGACCCCUCAAUUUGCCUUCGGCCCACUUCCCGCGGCAUUAUAGCGGCACCAAUCUAUCCCUUCCGUCUCUUACUUACCACAAUCAACCACAAUCAUGCAACCAUCUCUGCCGCAAGAACUUCUCGACGAGAUUAUCGAUCGUAUUCAUGAUGAUGUCCUAGCCUUACGAGCGUGUUCUCUAACCACUCGUUCGUUCCUGCCUUCCAGUCGCAAACACCUUUACUUCCACGUCAUAAUCUUCCAAGCCGGCGUUGACGCGCCAUUGCCAAACUACUUUACCGGGAGCAAGUUUACCUGCGAGUCGUUUUACAAUUUGCUUCAGGAAGAAACUUUUACCCCUGUUGCUCCUCUGGUUAGGUUCCUUAGUAUACAAGACGGCUUGGAGGGAACACCAGGUUACCUAGUCCACAGGGAGAAAAUUAGAUUUCCCGCCGUUCUUGAUUUGCUUCGGAAUCUGGAGCGUGUAUCUAUCUCCAGUCAUCGAGGUUCUCUAUCUUGGGAUGCCCCCGAAACCCCUAUCACGUCUUUCCUCGAGACAUUUCGAUUGCCAUCGUUAACGUCUCUUGACCUCGAUAAUGUCACUUUCUCCGGUUUUGAAGGUAUUGCGCGUAUUCUGUAUGAAUGCAGCGAUACUAUCAGGCAUCUGUCUCUCAACUACAUCACGAUAUUCUCGAGGGAUAUAGAUAUCCAACAUCUUACGGCCAAAUAUGAUGGUCGUCAUCUCUAUCUUGAGUCACUUCGACUCGUGGAAGAUGACCUCGGUCUCGUAGCCAGGUUUAUACAGCACGAGUCCUCUCCAUUGAGGAUAGAUUGCCUUCGAGAGCUUUCUAUCUCCUCAAACCGUCAUAAGGCCUUUGUGGGGCUCAUAGCGGGUACUCGUAAUACACUCGAGCAUCUCGAUUUUUUCAUAAACGACAACGGGGACAUCACCGCGCCCAUAUUCAUGGACGACCACAAGCGCCUCAAAUCUGUCUACGUCAGCAUCGGGCACCAAGUCACCAACCUAGCCUGGAUAGACUCCAUCCCACUCAAUCCCACGAUCGAGACGCUCACUCUCGAACUGGUCAACCCCGAUGUGUCUGAAAAGUCGUUACUAUGGGCGCAGCUGGACGCCCGCACAUCGGGAGCAUCAUUACGCGAGGUGAACGUAAAACUCCACGGUCUGAGCCGUCCGAGUCGUAACUCCCACUCGUGCGAGCCGUAUACGUGCCGCGACUAUGUGGCGUGUGCCAGUGCCGAUGGAUCUGGAUCUGCUGUUCUGGCAUUGGUGGAGGAACGGUUGCCCACCCUACGAAGCAAGGUUCGGUUGACGGUUCAGGAAAUAGCGCGUAUGGCAUUUUUUUCUUCUGUUGGACGGUGUGAGGCUAAUGGUUAAUUUAUCAGAACGAAGACUGCAAGCUGGGGGGAUGUGGUCUCGGCAUCUGGAGUUUGUUUGACGGGAGGGAGGGAGCCCCACUGUGCUCGCCGAUUGUAUUACUAGGAGGUAAAUUUGGCCCCGUGUGAGGAUAUCAAGGGUUUGAAUAUUGUACCCGAUGUAUAUGUUUCCAUACAUAGCGACGCUACGAGCGUUCAUAUUGCGACUAUCACACCCGCAGUUCUGUCUUCUGUUUCUACAGGU